AUGACAACGGCUUCGGCAGCAGCAGAUCCUUUUGACCCAUUUAUCAGUACAAUACGAGAUGCUCAAUGGACGAUUCUUGAAAGAUUAUCCAGGAUUACUCAGUACUCACGGGAUACAGCGUCCCAAGUGCUGGAACAUCCUAUGGCAAGACCAGUCUUACCCCUUUUACCCCCCUCUCUACAGCAACUGCUAAAGAAGGACAAUAUGCUGGAUGAUUAUGAAACAGCAUCCCAAUACUUGGCACAGUAUGGACAAGCCACAGCGGAGGACGAGCAUUUCUUGGAUGAUCAAGAACUUCAGAAUCUCUUGGCUGAUAUAUCUGAGCUUCAGGGACCUUCACCCAUUCACACUAGACGUCGUGGACCAAUUGCUGCAGAAGAAUGGGUAAGUCUGUUUGAUCAAGAAGGCAAGCUAUCUAUACCUAUACCACAAGUGAAGCAAAUGAUCUUUCAAGGUGGCCUGGAUAAUGAAGUUCGUGCAGAGGCAUGGAAGUUCUUGCUGGGUAUCUACCCUUGGCAUUCAACUUUUGAAGAAAGAGAUGCCAUUCGACAAAGUCAAGCCGAAGCUUACUACCGAAUAAAAGCCGUAUGGUUUAAUGACAUCAGUGUGCAAGAAUCAAACGAGUUCCAAGAUGAAAAGCACCGCAUAGACAAGGAUGUACAUCGCACUGAUAGAAAUCAUGAGGCAUUUGCAAAUGAAGAUAUGCCAAAUCCGGAUCCUCAAAUGGUUGUCGGAACAAACAGUAACAUGGAGGCUAUGAAAGAUAUCCUUGUGACGUACAACUUUUACAAUACCGAGCUUGGAUAUGUCCAAGGCAUGUCAGAUCUACUGGCACCCUUGUUUGUUAUCAUGAAUGAUGAAGCCAUGUCCUUCUGGGCCUUUACACGCUUUAUGGAUAGAGUGCAAUCCAACUUUUAUAUGGACCAAUCUGGUAUGCAUGCACAACUCAAGACUCUCAAUCUCUUGGUUCAAUUUAUGGACCCUGUACUGCAUAAGCGGUUUGAAGAUAUUGAUAUAUCCAACCUCUUCUUUUGUUUCCGUUGGUUACUUGUUUGGUUCAAGCGAGAAUUUGAUUGGGAAGAUAUCAUCAGACUCUGGGAGAACCUAUGGACAGACCAUCUAACAAAGAAAAUGAUACUCUUCAUUGCCCUGGCUGUGAUAGACACUCACAGGGAAAAGAUUUUAAACGAACUAAACCAGUUUGAUGAGGUUCUUCGAUACAUUAAUGACCUGACUGGAAAUAUUGACUUGAAUCACACUUUGGAACGAGCAGAAGUGCUUUAUUAUCAAUUUGAAAGAAAGAUUCGAGCAAUGCAACGCAAGACUAGUCUAUUGAAAGAUAGACUUGAAGAAAGAACUGUGUGGAAUAGCCCAGAAAGAUACAAGAUUCAGGAGGAUAUCGAGAAAUUGAAGAUACCUGAUCAUUUACUAGAACUACUCACAUUAUAA